GGGUUGGUAGGCCGCUGUGUGUGAGCUACGACUGCAGACGCUGGUGUACACGUAUUAUACGGUUCCAUGGGCUGGACCGACAGCUCAAUGGGAGUAAGCUAACUUAACAUUGGCUAGCGCUCCGGUGGAGACAUAGCGAGGUUUAUUUCGGCUACUUUAGUUUAUUGAGUCGGCUAAAGCGUUCUACAACCAGUGUUUUUGUGGGACUAGCACGACGGUACUUUUUUGCAUGGGAAGCAGGCGGUGUCUGCUGCAGUUGGCUAAAAACGCUUCAAGGUGGCGACAGACAAGGUUGCUGGUAAGCUGAGUUCUACACUCUCAUGGGUCAAGAACUCGGUGUCCCACACGGUCAGUCAAAUGGCUAGCCAGGUGGCCACUCCCACAUCCCUGCAGACCACUGCUACGUCGUCCUCUACAUCUCUGUCCUCGCCUGCCCUAUCGCCGUCCUCGCCGGGGCAGCUCAGUCCUGAUGAUGUGGAACUGCUUGCCAAGCUGGAGGAACAGAACAGGCUGUUGGAAACAGACAGCAAGUCACUGCGCUCCAUGAAUGGUUCCAGGCGAAACAGUGGCUCCUCUCUGGUGUCCAGCUCCUCUGCCUCCUCCAACCUCUCCCACCUAGAGGAGGACUCGUGGAUUCUCUGGGGCCGAAUCGUCAAUGAGUGGGAGGAGGUCCGCAAGAAGAAGGAGAAGCAGCUUAAGGAUCUUGUCAGAAAAGGAAUUCCUCAUCACUUUCGAGCAAUAGUGUGGCAGCUGUUGUGCAAUGCUCAGAACCUGCCCAUCAAGGAUCAGUACUCAGAGCUCCUCAAGAUGACAUCGCCCUGCGAGAAGCUGAUUCGCAGAGAUAUUGCCCGCACUUACCCUGAACAUGAAUUUUUCAAGGAGAAAGACAGCUUAGGACAGGAAGUGCUUUUCAAUGUCAUGAAGGCAUAUUCUCUGGUGGACCGUGAAGUCGGCUAUUGUCAAGGCAGUGCAUUCAUUGUAGGACUAUUACUCAUGCAGAUGCCAGAGGAAGAGGCUUUCUGUGUGUUCGUAAAAUUGAUGCAGGACUACAGAUUACGAGAGCUCUUCAAACCCAGUAUGGCUGAACUGGGGCUCUGCAUGUACCAGUUUGAGAACAUGAUCCAGGAGCACCUCCCAGAGCUGCACAUGCAUUUCCAGGCACAGAGCUUUCACACCUCAAUGUAUGCCUCCUCAUGGUUCCUCACUAUCUUCCUCACCUCCUUCCCUCUCCCUGUAGCCACGAGGAUCUUUGAUAUCUUCAUGUGUGAGGGUCUAGAGAUUGUUUUUCGUGUGGGUCUGGCCAUCCUUCAGAUGAAUCAGACAGAACUUAUCCAGCUCGACAUGGAGGGAAUGUUACAGCACUUUCAGAAGAUCAUCCCACACCAGCUUGACAGUGGACCAGAUAAAGUCAUCCAGGCUGCUUAUCAAGUCAAGUACAAUGCCAAGAAGAUGAAAAAGUUAGAGAAAGAAUACACUACAAUCAAAACUAAAGAAAUGGAGGAGCAGGUGGAGAUAAAGAGGCUGCGGACUGAGAACAGGCUGCUGAAGCAAAGGAUAGACACACUGGAGAAAGAAAGUGCUUCCCUGGCAGAUAGAUUGAUCCAGGGACAAGUUACACGGGCUCAGGAAGCAGAGGAGAACUACCUGAUCAAACGGGAGCUGGCCACAGUCAAACAGCAAAGCGAAGAGGCCAGUGCUCAGCUGGAGCAGGCCAUGAAGGCCAUCAGGCAGCUCCAACAGCAGCAGCAGCCACACGCGAAAGGAGCCCCACGAUACUCUGAAGAAUCUGAACUACAAUUGGAAAGAGAGCUUGUUCAGGCCCGACUUAAGGAGGCAGAGUCCCAGUGUGCACUCAAGGAAAUGCAAGACAAGAUCCUUGAUAUGGAAAAGAGGAACAUGUCACUGCCAGAUGACACAAAUGUCGCACGACUACAAGAGGAGCUGAUUGGGGUGAAGCUGAGGGAAGCAGAGGCUCUGACUGGCCUGAAAGAGCUGAGACAGCAGGUCAGAGACCUGGAGGAGCACUGGCAGCGUCACUUGGCACGGACUGCAGGUCGCUGGAAGGACAGCCCCAAGAAGAACACCUUGAGCGAACUGCAGGACGAGCUAAUGAGUGUAAGGCUGCGUGAAGCUGAGGCCCAGGCAGAGCUCAGAGAGACGCGACAGAGGAUGCUGGAGCUAGAGACACAGAAUCAGAUUCACAGUAACCAGCUGCGACGGGCGGAGCUGGAAAGUCGCUCUCUGCAGGAACGUGUACAAACAUUGAUGGUGCAAAACAAAGAUCUGCAUGUGCAGCUGCAAGAAAUCAAGCGGAGACAAGCUGAGAUUGAAUGCAAGAGCAAAGAAGAGGUGAUGGCUGUGAGGUUAAGGGAAGCUGACAACAUUGCUGCAAUGGCCGAGCUCCAGCAACAGAUCUCGGAGCUUGAGAUUCAGAGAGAAGAAGGAAAGGUCCAAGGUCAGCUAAACCACACAGACUCAAGCCAGUACAUUCGUGACCUCAAAGAUCAGAUAACGGAGCUGAAACACGAGAUUUGCUGCUUAAAAGGUCAGAGGGCCUUGGUCAAUCAACCCACCUUUGAUGGGAUCCACAUCAUCAAUCACUAUGUCGGGGAGUCGUACCAGUCUUCAGAUGAAGAUGGAAUCAAGGACUCGACCCUCGCAGACUCCCAGCGGAGGAGCCGCAUCAGACUGCAUCCCAACCUUAGGGACAGUGACAGUGAGGAGGAGGAGGACGGGGAGGAACUGCGGCUGUCUGUGCCUCACAGCGGCAACCACAAGUCCACCACCGUGUGACGACCGCCUGCUGGCUGCCAGAAUAGAGACCCACGCUUGUCAGUGCCCACCGGGAAGGACUGGGCUGUUUCCAGCAGCCAUUUGACAGAGGCCUGGAUCUUGAGGAGGAAAUGCGUCACCAUUUCACAUCAAAAGGAUCAUACUUCCAGGUUUUUUUUGUUUACUUCAGUUUUUGCAGUUUUUGUUUUUUCCUGAUGGCAAUGAAACACCAAACAGCUGGAAGUUCAUCUGGACUUCACCCAAGGGGUCAAUCACGUGGAGUCUAUCGCUUUACUGGGCCACAGAGUCCAUUGAUGGAGGCAGAGGGCAGCCAGUCUGUUCCUUUCAGUCUCUCCCUGUAGGUACAACACAGAGAAAGAGACUGUGCAAUAAAACAUUUUAUGUUAUCUUA